UGACAAAAUGGAACACACCAGCAGUGUGAGGAGACCUGAAAGUGGCACAUGGCAGAGUGUGGCGAUGGAGACAGCAGCAAUGGGAGGCCGUAAAGGGACCCAUGACAGAUUACGGGCCUGGCAGCAGCAUGAGGAGGCGGUACAGGGGCCCAUGGCAGAUUACGGGCCUGGCAGCAGCAAUGGGAGGCCCGUAAUCUGCCAGCACCCUAUGACAAAAUGGAACCCACCCAGCAGUGUGAGGAGACCUGAAAGUGGCACAUGGUUGAAUUCCACCUUGUUGCAAACGUCACAGCAUGAGGAGUGCGGUACAGGGGCCCAUGGCAGAUUACGGGCCUGGCAGCAG